AUGUAACAGAAUUCUCAAACAAAUUUGAAGAUCAUCUAUACAUUACACGAUCAUUUGACUGCCGUCUAUUCAACCAAUAUCACUGAAAGCUCGUGACAGAGAAUCUAGCUCUGUGCUCGGGGAGCAGAAUGCAGACAGAUGAGAUGAGAGUCCCUUAAAGGCGUUUGACAGCGUGACGCCGCUUCCCUUUAAGAGCCAGUUAUGCGUCACCUGACCAGGUCUACCGACCACCGACGAGGCAGGACUGUAACCCGCAUUACCAGAAAAAUAAGCAAGUACAAUAUCCAAGAUCUGCACAAUAUAGCAGUGAAACGUGAAAAUAUACUUGUCUUCAAAGUAAACUCCUGCCCUUGAAAAGGCUUGAACGAGACACAUCAUCAUCACCAUCAUCAUCCGACCAGACGGGAAGGACACACGGGCUGCGACCGAAUAUUAACGAGGCUCCGGAAUCCCGAGCAGGUUUAUAGUGAAGGGUUAAUCAACGGAGCGUGUUUGCAACUCGUUUUUAUUCGUUUAUUUAAUUAACUUCAUCCCAAAAAGAACCAAUUCAACGCAAAACUCUCUGUCUUUUCGGUUAGAUGGGGUUUUUCAUACAUAUGAUAAUCAAAGGUGAAGGUUUAACGUAUUAAUUUUAUUAUUUAUUUCCCACGAGAGCCAGAAAAUAUCUCGUCAUAGGGCGAUACGUAAUAGAGGCAUUAUCCAGGGUGCUGAAACCCACCCAUGCUAGGCGCCUACGAGGGAAUUUUUUAAAGCAUUCAAUUGAAAGUACCGUAUAUAUAUUGUGUGCUUUUAAAUACGCAAUUUCAGCCGCUCUGGUUGUAAACCGAAACGAGGUAUUGACAUUGUCAGUUUCUCGAGAGCCACUUUGGAUUCCGUUUCUUUUUUUGUCGGCGAAUAUCAUAUGCAUUCCGGCUGUCCUUCCCCCUGAAGUUGAUUCUCGAGGUGGUUGUCGACGCUACCGGGAGAAAAUGUCGGGACAGACUCUGACGGAUCGCAUCGCCGCGGCGCAGUACCAGCUCACCGGAUCCGAUGUGGCUCGUGCCGUUUGCAAAGCCACCACGCACGAGGUGAUGGCGCCCAAGAAGAAGCACCUGGAAUAUCUGAUCUCAACCACCAAUGAGACAAACGUGAACAUCCCUCAGAUGGCUGACACACUAUUUGAAAGAUCCACUAAUGCCAGCUGGGUGGUCGUGUUCAAAGCUCUAACCACGACCCACCACAUAUGCAUCUACGGCAAUGAGAGAUUCAUCCAGUAUUUGGCCUCAAGGACUUCCCUGUUCAAUCUCAGCAACUUUAUUGACAAGACAGGCUCCCAUGGCUAUGACAUGUCUACAUUCAUCAGACGAUAUGCACGGUACUUGAAUGAGAAGGCAUAUGCUUACCGUGCGAUGGCCUUCGACUUCAUUCGAGUUAAGAAGGGAGCUGAUGGUGUGAUGAGGACUAUGGCUCCUGACAAGCUUUUGAAGGCCAUGCCUGCCCUUCAGACUCAAGUGGACACACUGCUGGAGUUUGACGUUCAUCCUAAAGACUUGAACAAUGGCAUCAUAAAUGCAGCGUUCCUGCUUCUCUUUAAGGAUCUGAUAAAGCUCUUCGCCUCUUACAAUGACGGCAUCAUCAAUUUAUUAGAGAAAUACUUCAAAAUGAAGAAGUCUGAGUGCAAGGAUUCUCUGGAAAUUUAUAAGAAAUUUCUGACCCGGGUGACCAAAAUCGCAGAGUUCAUGAAAAUCGCUGAGCAAGUAGGAGUGGAUAAGAAUGACAUUCCCGACAUCUCUUAUGCUCCCAGCAGUAUUCUGGAAUCUCUGGAGGCACAUAUGAACAGUCUAGAGGGCAAGAAAGGGGAAGGGUCACCCACAAAGGAAUCACCUACCAAUAAUGUGUCUCCAACCUCUACUCCUGCCAAAUCAGCCGCUGCCGUCCCCACUUUGGAGCCCCCACGCACUGAGGCCGUGCCUGUCGCCGAAACUGCCACUGAUUCUCUGCUGGAUCUGGACCCAUUGUCUUCCUCUGGACCUUCUACAGGAGGAGCAUCAGCUGCUCCCACAUCUUGGGGAGAUCUGCUGGGCUCAGAAAUAGGCUCCCUUACUACAGAGACUCUCCUUCCUGACCCAACCCCUGCCGUAGACUCCAACUCCUCAGCCACGCCCACCACCACAGCCGCUGAGGCAGCUGUUUCUUUGGCUCCUCCUCCUUCCGCUGCCGGUGCUUCCUCCGGCUCAGCGGAUCUCCUCGGAGAUGUGUUUGCGGCCCCUGCGGCUGAAACAGCUGCUGCUGCUGAGGGUGGGGCCGCAGCAACCACUCCCACCCCUGCUGCUGACAGCACUGCGCCAACCGAAUCUGCGGGCGCUGGAGAGGCCAAACCAGCCGCAGCAGCUGCAGGAGGAGAUCUGAUGUCGGCUUUUGAUGGAUUGGGUGAUGUGCUCAUGCCAGCUAUGGCUCCGCAGGCAGCAGGGGCCACCUCACCGAUCAAACCCAUGGGAGGAAACCUGGACUCAGCUAUGGCCAACAUGGCCAGCAAUUUGGCAGUGGGGAACCAGAAACCGGGUGAAGCAGCUGGAGGGGCGAACUGGCAAGCGCAGGUACCGACCCCUAGCUGGGGCGUUGCCAUGCCUGGUGCAGGAGCUGCUCCCAUGAUGCCUGGCUCACCGAUGAUGGCCACGCAGCAACCAAUGAUGAGGCCACAGUUUCCCGCAGCAGGAGCCCCUGGACAACCGAUCUCUCCAGGAAUGGCCCAGAGUCCCAGGAAGCCUCCCCCUCCUAAAGACCCUCUCGCUGACCUCAAUAUCAAGGACUUCAUGUAGACGAACAGCUGGUUUGUCACACUUAUUGUGCAGACCUGAUGAAUCAGACAUGUGUAUUCUUUCUUCCAUUCAUCACAAUGAGGGCCUCCAGUCCCUCCUUUUCUCCCUUUCCCUUCCCUGUCUGUUGUUGUAGCACAAACCGUGAAUGUGAAUAAGUACAUGUGUGUAUGUGUGUUUGUAUUUCAAUGUUCUCAGUUACUUCAGAUCUAUAUAUUUAAAAAAAA